AGCGGCAACAUCGAAAAAGAUAUUGACAAUAGUCCCUCGUCAAUAAAUCACAUCGAUAAGACCUAUGGAGCGCAGAUCUACUUAUUUACUUUGAAGCCUGCAAUUAAAGAAUGAGUACAAUAGCCACAGGCCCAUUUUUUUUCCGGUCAGAAUGCCGCCCUCUAAGCUGCUCAAGUUGGGGGCGUCACAUUGAGGCAGACUGUUGAACAAUUGUCUACUGUGGAAGCAGUUGUCUGAAAUCCAAUAUGUCGAGCUUUUACAACGAGAGUGCACGCUCGAGCGCGCGUCGGCGCCAUGAAGGCACCAUUGUUGCCUCCGCACGCUCAGUACCCGAUCGCGAUUGGGGCACAACGCAAUCCCUCCACGCCCUGCACGAAUACAACCCUGGUCUAAAAAACACUACGCAGUGCAAAUGUGUCUGAAUCUGGAAGGAACAGGAAGGAUGCAUACUUAUAUAUGUAUGAUGCGGGUUCUGGAAAUACAGGCAAAAAUUUGUGUUGCAGCGUCAGCAACAAACGUGAGUAACAUUCUUGCCUCCUCGAGAGGGCGCUUCUUAUGCAGACUAGACAUCAAGAAAGAGCCUCCAGAAUUUGCCAUGUUGCUCGGUGUGCAUUCGAGACCUUCUUGCAGAUCAUGCAACAACUACAUGACAAGUGUCUGCUUUUUUCCAGAGGACCCAGAUAUAUUUGCAGUGGAUAAACACCGCAGCAGAGCAGAAGUCAGCGGGGCUCACGAGAGCAGAAGCAGCAUAUCACGAGGCAGGGUAACAAAAUAUAUAUUGAUCCUUGAUUCGUAAAAGUUGCACGACGAAAGGUCGGUUAAUAACUUGAUCGAGAGGUCGAAAGAAAAAACCUAAACCGCUCAAACAAAAUAUACAAUCAAAGGUACAUGUAUACUCGCGGCGAUCGGCAGAAGAUCCGAGCUCUGUACAACGACUCCCUGCUAACUGGGGAGAAGGUCCCGGCGAAGCAGAUUCUACGCGAUAUUCCGUGUCAGCUGAAGCCCCAUCCGGGGCGCGACGGGGAGGAUGCGCUGAAAACUCCGCCGCAGUCUGCGCGGUCCGUCUCGACCGUGAGCGCCGGAACGAGCCGCAGCGCCACGUCGCAGCUGUCGCGCGCGCGGUCCGAGUCCGGGUUGAGCAGCAACUGGAUCCGCCAGUACCGAUUUGACCCCGACUUUCACCAAAAUCGGUACUCGACACACAACAGCUACUACGGCACGGGCUGCAAAAACAACCCCUUCGUGGGAAACAACGGCAAGAUGCUGUUUGGCUUCAACACGUUGGCCUCCGAACCCGGGCGCGGGAGAGAGCUGUGGAUGCAUCGCACCCGACAGCACCCCGCAAAGGACAACUGCCUCACAACGUCACACUUGCACAAUCCCAUGCUCCGCUCGGCCCGCGGUCCAACGCUGGGAGCGCCGCUGGGAUGAGACGGAUGCUUCAAGAAGAUGCUGAACUCGGGUGCCGUAGUUUUAUAAAACUGCUGCUUGCUCCAUCGUCACGUUUACUUAUGUAUGACGAGCGGCCCUUGUUCUAUUUACUGUAGGAAGGAUUCAAUGAGAGGUCUUGAAACUACGACUUCAUGUUGAUUUCUUUGUGGCAUAAGCACUCGAAAAAACGCCUUCCAGUUCCGCCAAAAUGAACUGCAUCACAGGAAGAAGAUUCAAAAUUUUGUAAAGCCUGGCGCACUUUUGUCACCUUUUCGCAAAAACACUUUUCAGAUCCAACCCCUUUCGUUUCCUUUAAACAACGUCACGUUUCAACAUGUGCAAGUUAUCAACGAACUUUCAGUUAUAGCACUUUUCGCGAUCGUCUUCAAUUUUAAAAGACAAGUGAGCUCCAGACUCGGCACUUGCCAACAAUGUUUCAAAGGUUUGGCUAAUGAACAACAAAAAUGUAAAAUACCAAAAUGUUGUUGUGCCAGUGGUGAUUUGCACCGACAGCUAGCCUCCGGCUGGAAAAGGGCGCGCCCGCCGGUAUUCGAAAUUCACCGUUUCUCAGAUGUUACAGCACAGGCACACACGUCGGUGGCAUUGAUUGUUUUUCUUCUAAACUUGCU